CUUAAACUUUGGCUACCAAAUUUUAUGUUGUUCAUAGAAAUGAUGACCAUCGGGAUGCGCCCAACUUAAAAAUACACAUCUGGGCUUCGGCCCACCGCGUUCAUCGUCUCCCUUCACUGCCUCGAUUUCCACCCUUCCUCUCCAGUGUUUCACAGAAAGCUUUCUUGGCCUCCAAUUCGAAGUUCUUCCAUAUCAGAUUGAUUCAGCUGAUCCCAAGUUACAAGAGGUUCGUGGAAACCUAAUUUUCAGCUGGAAGUUGGGAGGAAUGGGCCGAAAACCAGGGACGUUGUAUAUAGACCCAAAGAAGUUUGGGAGCCUUCAAAAACCGUGCGCUAAGGACAUGAUUACAUUUCUCAGCUGCUUGGCUCUGCAUCAAAACAAGGAUGAUAAAUGCAGCCGGCAAAAAUCUCUUUUAAGUGCCUGCAUGGAGGCUCAGACUGGCAGUAACAGAAAGUCUUGGGGAAGCAUCAAUUUUCAUCUCCAAAGGCUUAACCGGGGAAGGAAAUAAAGUUAAGUGGUAACUUCUUCUGUUCGAUUACGUGAUUCGUGUAACCCCUCGAAUGUAUUCAAAAGCAGUAAAUGAAGAAAAAAAAUCCUCGAAGGAACAUGUCCUUAAACACUCGAAACGUGUCCCAUUUUUCCUUAGUCCAGCCAUAAGCAGUUUCAAGUUUUAGUUAUUUGUCUAUGUUCUGCUUUGGUACCAUGGUGCAUAUUCAAACAAAAGGAUUAUGUGCUCCCAUUUGUAUGCUCCCACUUAUUUCCCCAUUUGAUUGUUUGGUAGUAAAAUAUUACAAUCUUU